AGUGUUGCAAAGUGCUGGCCUUACAUGAGUGCGUGUCAUUUUUCCCAUCCAAUUUGUUUGGUGUUUUUGUUAGCCGAAAAUGGACAAACUAAAUGAAAAUGCACGAGAGCGGAAGCAAAUCAAGCUGGGCGAGAUCGACACAGGUCCCAUUUUGGUGGCCCUUUUGCUGGGCUUCAUCGCAGUGGCCAUCUUUGUGAUCCUGCGAAGACGCUCUGCUGGUCGUCGGGACUUCCUGCUUGCCGGUCUCAGUGAAUCCGGCAAAAGUGCCAUCUUCAUGCAGCUGCUCCAUGGCAAAUUCCCUGCUACUUUUACUUCGAUCAAGGAGAAUGUGGAGGUUUACCAGGCAGGCAGCUCAUCCGCCAGAUUAGUGGAUAUACCCGGACAUUACAGAGUGCGCGACAAGUGCCUGGAGCUAUAUAAACAUCGGGCAAAGGGCAUUGUCUUUGUUGUGGACUCUGUUACGGCCCAGAAGGAGAUCCGCGAUGUGGCUGAUUUCCUGUACACCAUCUUAUCGGACAGUGCCACCCAGCCCUGCUCCGUCUUGGUCCUGUGCAACAAGCAGGAUCAAACCACCGCCAAAAGCGCCCAGGUCAUCAAAGGUCUGCUGGAGAAGGAGCUUCAUAUAGUGCGCGAUACGAGGAGCCGCAAACUUCAAUCCGUGGGCGACGACGACAGCAGCAAGUCCAUUACUUUGGGCAAACCAGGACGAGAUUUCGAGUUCACACAUAUCGCACAGAACAUUCAGUUUGUGGAAGCCUCCGCCAAGGAUCAGGAACUGAAACCCCUUACCGACUGGCUGGCUCGCCUCCUGUGAAGUGGCGGCACAAAGCUCUCUGACUGAGAACAAACAGGAAUCCUAAACAAACGAAAGCGGAACACAAAAGAACAUAUUGAUAUUUAUUUUACUGCUUAGCGCCCUUAAUAUCGUAUAUAUGCCAUGCCUAUAUCGCUGUUAGAGUUUAAAUCCGUGCAUUGUUAUAUACCCGUUUUCCCAAGCCUUCCCCCUCCUUGCAAUGUUCCCGUCUAAUUUUAGGUUAUUAUGGAAAUUUUUUAUACUUUUUAGCAUUAAUUUGUCGGUCGAUUUUUGAAUAAGAAUUAUGUAUCGAAAGAUUUAUAAAAAAAAUCCGAGUAACAAGUGUGCAUUUACAAACGCAGAUUCAAAUUCUGGGCUUAGUGAUGGUUUGAAAAUAUAAAAACGGGUCCUCAAGGAA